GUGGUUAUUUCCGGUUCCUUUCCAGGUGCGACAUGGAGGUCCAGCAAAGAGCAAUAUCUGUCACAGAAAACAUGAAUUAUUGAAAAUUGUUCUCUGUUUAGGGGAAAUAAGUAUCUUAGUAUCUUUCCUGUAUAUGUAAGACGGAGAAAUAUCUUUACGACGGGUAUGUAAAAGCAAAUCUAAAUGACGGAUGUAAACAAUACGACCGGAAGGUCACAGACCGACGAACCGUCUGUGUAGUUGUCAAACGAUCAAGGGAGGCUGUGCUGUAGGAUCAGACCGAUGCAGGGUAUGUGUGAUGGUGUCGGAGCAGCAUGCACAGUGUAACAGGGCGACAGUGGACCCGAACAUGGGCGCUUUGUUGUCUCCUCGCUGGCCACCUGUUAACUUACGUAGUGUCCGUCAAAAGCAGUGAUGAGUGGACUAAGACAGCCUGUGCCGGAGAAUGUAACGACCAAUACUCUUUGGAAUGUCCCUACAAACAAAAGAUUGCCAUCAAAGAUCUCCAGUACUACUCCAAGCCUUUGUCUUCGGAAUGUCCCAACACUGCGUGCCAGAACCUGGAGAAAUGCUGUAAAUAUGACCCAUACGACUGCAGAACACCAUUUUCCGAAUCAAAGGCCUAUGAUGUUUACAAGCGCUGCUCUGGGAUGCAGCAGUGCGGCUGGCUCCAAGCCGAUACCAUGUCUUUCACCUGUAAUAACAGAAAUCACACCAACUACGUCCGCGCCUCCUACAAAUGUGUUGAUGAUUCCUCCUUCCUGGACAUGUGUUCCAACCAAUCUCUGGAGGGAGACACCAUCAACCUGAUAUUUAAUGGCACCCACAUGGAAACGUCGAACCGUCAGUCGAACCGCUGUGUAUGUAUCCUGUCCACUUCUGACUGUAGCUCCAUCGCAAAGCUUCACUUUCGCACCGUGGAUGUGCGUCUUCAUGAAGCCAGCAACAUUUCAAAGUGUCACCCACAUGCCAAGUUCACCAUCACAGACACCAACGGGCCACGGGACUAUAAAUGUCAGACUAACCACUUUUAUCGGCAGUUCAUGGACAUAUACUACAGUUCCUCCUCCUACGCUCGCAUGUCUAUGUACUACGAGCCAGGCGUGUACCCUGCCCAGGUCUGGCUGCAGGUCAAAGCGACCUUAUCUGGCCAAAAAGUGGUGAUUUCGUGCGGAAAACAGAGUGCUGAAAAUCCACGGUUCUGUGGUCCCGUUGAGAUGAUACCAACCACUCCCAAAACACAUAAUCCAUCAGCAACAGUAACUGCAGAUGACAUUUUUGAAGGGAAUGGAGAACAUACCCACGGUCCCAUGCCAACCUUCAAUGCUGACGGGGGUGGAGCUCAGUCUAAAGAUCGCACAGAAUGGCCGGCUAUCAUAGGAGGGGCAGCAGCAGGUGCCAUUGUUCUUCUUCUACUGAUAAUCCUCAUCUGUAUCUUCAGGCGGAGACAAUCAAGGAAAAGGAGAAAAGCCAAGGAACAUGAUGAGGAAACACGGAUGGUGUUGACUGGGGGAAACAUACCACCACCUCUUCCCCUGGCAGAUAGGUAUGAUGUACAUGAAGGAAAUUAUUAUGAAACGGUGGGAGCUACUAACGGUAAGCCUGGUGGUGAAACUGGCAGUAUCAUAAGUCCAGGCAAAAUCAUGGAAACUUUUACUCCAGGUAGAAAACAAAGUGGACAGUUUUUCCCUUCUGAAGUUAAACAUCCACCUCCCCCGCCAACUCCUAAAACAAACAAAAAGACACCUGAAAUAGAGGCAAAUCCUUACCAUAUGCCAUGGGAUAACAGUAACUUUAAAACGAACCGAGCUGAACAACGGGAUCUUGCUUAUGCAACCAGUGAUGAAAUACAGGUACUAAUCCAGCGGAUGGAGCAGGACCGGCGCUGUCUCAAUGAGGGGGCCAAGGAGGAGGAACAGGUGGUACCCAACCCCAACUUCUACAUCCACAUAGACGACUAUAAGAUCAAACGGAGCCCACAAAAACCCUCGGGGCAUGGUGAGGGAGAGGAAAGCUCAGAGGACGAGGACGGCCCCAGGGUCAAUUCCAGGAAUUAUGAGGACAUUCAUGUGGAAUCCGAUGGGGAUACAGCUCAUUUAGCUUGUGAAAAUCCCGGCAAGACUAAAGUGAAUAUGUUAAAAGAAUCAUCUAAUGAGAAUUGUUGUGAAAGUGAGGACACAGGUUACAGGUCAGUAGGAAGCCCUGACCAGGUAAUGGUGUCCGAGGAUGAUUACCUCAUACCAGGCUCAAUCAAGUCAUCCCUGUCGGAUGGCAGUAAGACUGGAACACUUCAGAAGACAGAGGAGGACGCAGAAACACUCACAAACCCCCGCCAAUCUGAAGUGUUUGAGACAGAACCAGAUGAGGGGAGCACAAAGUUCUGAUGGUGUGAUGGCGAUUGCUAGUAUUUAGUCACAAAUGUAUAUGUUUGUUCUGUGAAUGUAAGUGGUGAUGAAGCUCCUUUACUUUACUUGUACACUGCAAUGAAUUUAAAACAUUCUUGCCAAUUUGUGAUCUGGGCAUAAAAGUUUUUUUCCAAAUAUCAUAAUGAUGUUUUACUUUGAUUUCCGUUGAUUUUAAGGAUAUUUAGUUAUACAAAUUGUUUGUUCUCAAAUAUUUCUGCUAAGAUCAGUUGAAUCAUGGUUAUUUCAUAUUUUGUGUUAAUUGUUGAAAUUAUUCAAAAGCUUUUAAUGCACUCAUUCAAUUUUCCAUUGCACAUCAUUCAAAAAUGCCAAAUUGCCAAGUGAUAUCAUUAUAUUAUACUGCCAAAGGAAUUGAGUGAUGUCUAUUAUAUCAUUUCAAUUUAUACAAAUCAGAAACCCAAGUUAAUUAUAAUGUUAUUUAGAGAUACUGAUAUACUGGUUGAAAUCAAAACAAUUUACAUGCGUUAAGUAACAGGAUAGUAGUCAAACUGUAUUUGAUUCCAGACAGUUUAGUGUUGUAUAUAGGAGGCCACACUGCUUGAUACGAGUAUGUGGCCAACAUUGACAAUGUUUUUAAUCUAUUGACCAACAGAUUAUACAGCUGAAGGAAUGUAUAAUGUGGGUACAUAUGUUAUGAAAACGAUUCAGUGUAUUUCAGUAUAGCAUAGUAGAAAUAUAUUCAAUAGAGGACAGUGAAAUAUUCUUUCCAGAUAGAAAUUAAACUAUCAUAAAAUUAUUUUAAUUGCAAGAAAUUGUUAAGAAGGGGUGUUUUUAAUCCGGAUAUUCCAGAUUAUUUUAGAAGACCAGUGUCUUGAUUGCUAUGUCACAUAAAAUGCAGUGUUGUUAAAUUAGUCAUUAACAGAUUCCUUUUAACUUUUGUGACAAACAAAAAAAUGUACAUCGUAAUCGCAUCACAUGCACACGCACGUCAUCAUCUCAACUGACUACAGGAACCAAAACCUGUAGAUUCAUUCCAUCUCACGCAGAGUAAGUGUCGCUUGUUAAAUUUAAUAUAUUCACACAUGUAUAUGGACUUGACUAUGAAAAAUGUCCCUGGCCAUGAUCCUGGAUUUAGAUGUGACCUAUACAUAUUGUAUAUGAUAAAACAGUCAAUGUAAGUUACCGUGGCAACUGUCUACUUGGAAGUGUUCUAAAUAAACUGAUGUCUCUAGUCAUUACAUCGGUAGUCAUAGAUGUUAACAUGUUAACUGGCAACCUCAAUUGUUAACAUUUCAAAUCAUUGGUUGACGUAUGUGAUGACACGUUAAUUAACAACCUCAAUGGUUAACAUUUCAUUGGUUGUCAUAGGUAUAAACACGUUAACUAACAACCACAGUUGUUAACGUUUCAUUGGUUGUAAUAGGUAUAAACACGUUAACUAACAACCUCAAUGGUUAACAUUUCAUUGGUUGUCAUAGGUAUAAACACGUUAACUAACAACCACAGUUGUUAACGUUUCAUUGGUUGACGUAUGCAUGAACUGAAGAUUUUGUCAUGAUAUUUUGUUAUAUAAAUACCUACAUGUUCGGGUUCGUAAUUAAUUUGCUUGCAUGUAUUGAAAACAGUAACUACAGGAAAUAAUUCUUAAAUUUUGUUGCAUUUUUUAGUUGCAUUCUUGUUCUCAUCUGUUCAUUUAAUAGACCAUAUAUAUACAUGCACUGUACCUUAUUCUCAGCCGACUCUUGUAGUGUAGGUAGAUUUGAAAUAUAAUACUGUAUUGAAUUACUGGUUCUGUAUCAAUAUUUACCAGGUAUAUAGAAUUGAAUAAUUUAUCAUAUUCGAAUCUACCUAUAUUUGACAUAGUCCUUAAAUCAGACAAAAAAUGGUCAACAUGUUAAUUUUUACAGGUUCGUUCAUGUAUUCCUAAAUCUUGACCUUUCAAUCUGUAUAUCAGUCUGUGAUUGAUGUACAAAUCGAAAUGAUUUUUUCAUACCACACAACUUACCGGUCAGUUUAGGGAAGCUGUUGUGUUAGUUUUCGCAUAAGAAAUAUUGUAUUUCUAUUAUACAGUGUAAGUUUAUAAGUUACAGAUAUAGUAUUACUACCUAGUAUAAUAGAGUGUAUAGCGUUCAGUCAGUUUAUCUGUCACCUGGUAAACAUCCCUGUUAUACCACAUUAAUUUCUGUUUUUGUUGUUAUUUAUGAUAAAAGAGUUUAUCUACUGUUUUCUUUUCUCAUUCCAAAGAUUUUAAACCAUUCCUAUUAAAUUAAGACUUUACUUUAUACUACAUAUUCCACUAAAAUUAAAUAUUCCAUAUAUGCAUGGCUUGGCCCUGGGUAUUUACACCAUAUUAAAUGUGAAACCACACAGUGGAAUUUUGACACUGUGAAUGAAGCUUUGUAGCAUUAUUAUUUUGUUAUUAAUUCCAACAAUCAGUUAAAUAACAUUGACAUUAACAAAACUGGCUCCUUUGAAUAUAAAUUACAUAUACCAAGUAGAUAUGGUUUCUUCAGCUCUAGUUAGUGACCUGUAUAUCGGUAAUGUAAUGCAGCUCUUAUUGUGCUGUACCUAGUAUGUAAGUCUAAAUCUCUGGGGGUUAAAAGCAAAGCAGGUUGUUAUAAAUCCUGUUGUGUUCAAGUUUGGUAUGUAUACAUGUGUAUUAAAUCACAAAAUGCAAUCUUCAAUAUGUAUGGUUUCUGUGAUUUCUUUUCAAAAGUUAUUUAAUACAUUUGUAUGACACAAAAAAGUAUUGAUUUCA